AUGUACCAUCUCCAGACCCUGAGUUCUAGCAUUGCAAUCAUCUUUCUAGGACUCUCCCUGCAAUUACUGACGACCAGUGAAGCUACGGACAUACAAAAGGUGCUUGAAGUGAACGUGAUCCCAAUGAGGCCUGCAAAACCAGGAGAGAAAAUCGAAUUGGCAUGUUCUGUUCAAUCAUAUUUGGGAAAUUGUGCUCUGGUAAAAGUCUACACCCUGAGCAACCUACCCGUUGACUUCCCUUUUGGGAAUUUCAGUUAUACUUACUGUGUGUGUCCUGGGGAAGCUAAAACCUUCUACUGGACCAUCCAAAGCAGUAGGACUGUGAAUGUAGGAUGUAGAGCUGCUUUCCAUCUGGAUGAUGUUUGCCCUGAGGGCCAGAACUCAGUUCCUCCCCAGCACAAAAGAAGAUAUGGUAUUAAUAUGAAGAUCUUGAAAAUAAUCAACUGA